GAAAAAAGAAAGUGUAGCUAUCUUCCAUUUUCUAUUUGCGCUCUUUGUUGAGUUCUUUCUCAAUGCCUUGUUUCAGUUCUUCCUUUGGUCACUUCUCUCUAACCUAGUUCCACAUUUCCACUCAUCAAGUCUCUAUCUUUCACCUCAUUUUUCUCUUCAUUCACAUCACUUCUCUGAUCUCUCUUUGACCCAGAUCAAAAUUUUGACCCUUUUUUCUUCCCUCUUAUGCUUUCCUUCAAGCCAUUCACAGAAAAAUCACAGCUUUUAUCCGGGUCUACCCACUUUCUUGAUUUUGUUAUCUGAUUUUGUAAAAUGGGUUGUGUUUGAUAUGCAUAAACUUGAUUCAAGAUAGGAGAUUUGUUAUAGAGAUAUUUUAGUUCAUUUUGUCAACAAGGUCCUUUGGCAAUGGGUAGAGGCAGAGGAAAAGGAAAGAAGCAAUCUGUUAUUGCUGAGGAUCCUGGAAGUGGUGAAGAGCAUAAAGUUCCAGCUUAUAGAAGAAGAGGAAGACCAGUAAAGCCACUGACAGAUGAAAUUGAAGAAGUGGAAGUGACUGAAAUUAUAGAGAAAGAUGAGGAGAAUGUGAAAGGUAAUGGUUCUAACAAUGACUUGAAAACUCAGGCUAUCACAGUAAAUAAAAGAAAAAGGAAGAGAUCUACACAGGUUAAAGAGAAGAUAGAUCCCAAGAAAGAGGAAAAUGGCGUCCUAGCAAAGUCAGGCCCUGAUGAUUCAAUGAAGUCCACUGGAUUCCGACAGAAUGGGAGCCGGCGUAAGAACAAGCCUCGCCGUGCUGCUGAAGCCGGAGUAGAUUGCAAGUGAGCAAGGUUGUCAAUUGUCAUGGUAGUUUUGUUUUUAAGCCCUUGGAAUUGCUGGAAUUUCGUUGACACAAGACAGGGUUGGUUUGGUUGUGUAAGGCUUGUUGUGGUUGCUUGUUAUUGCUUUUGUAACUUUCAUAUGCUAUUUCUGAUUUUAAUCUUGAGGAUUCAUAGUAGAUUGUGCUCCUUUAAUCUUAAACUAUUGCUAAAAGAAAAGCUGAAAUUUUGUAGAUAUUCUUUCAUCAUGAGUUGGUAUAAGGGGAUUUUUCCUUUCUCCCAAGAAAACUUUUGUUCA